AUGGCCUUAGACUCUAAACAAUUAAAAAACGUUCUGUUUGAAGAAUUUCCCGGAAGAACGCGUCAAAUUGAAACAUUAUUGAAUUGGUUUGGCACGCCAACAGAAAAGACACCACCUACAAUCUUCAUUCACGGAAAUAGAGUACUCGGAAAGACUGAACUAGUUAAAAGGCUAUUUAAACUUGGCUUCACUUCCCGUCAAUAUUCUUUCCUUGACUGUAAAAUUUGUUCUUCUGUUGAAGAUUUAUUUGGAAUUACGUUGAACAAUUUAACCGGUGAACAAUUUUCUUGCAAAAAUGUUAACGAUUUUGUUAUGAAAUUACAAGAAAUAUGUGAAAAUGAUUCCGAAACCAGAUAUAUGAUCUUUGAUAAUGCUGAUAUAUUAUGGGAUUUAUCUUCGACAUUAAUUCCGGCUUUAUUGGCUCUUCCUCAAUGGGCAAGUGACGAAGAUCCAUCUUUCUACCAAGCGUUUAUUGAAAACAUUUGUGAUUCAUUUUAUGAAAAUUGCGAUUUAUUUGAUUUUUUCCGAUUGCUGCCUGACCUUUUUGAUAAAUUUAUUGAACCUGUACAGGAAGGAAGAGCAACAAAAAAUGACAUAUCUCUGUUAUGCAAUGAAUUGAAGUCACAUUUCAAUGCAUCAUUGGAUAAAUUAUAUUUACAAGAUAUAUCAGCUGCUAAUUUUGAGGAUCAACUACCUCAAUGGUCGCUAUAUUUAUUAAUUGCAACAUUCUUAGGUUCAUAUAUUCCACAAAACCUUGAUCAACGUUAUUUUUCAAUAAAAGCAUGUGGGAAACCGAAAGUGUCUAGAACACCAAAAAAACAAAAGUCAUUCGAUAAUAGUCCUGCAAAGCUAACACAACAAUUAAAAGGACCUCAACCAUUUGAACUGGAACGUGUUUUGGCCAUUUUUCAAAGUAUAUAUUAUAAUUACGGAUACAUUCAAACUAUUGAUAUACACCAACAGAUUGAAUCAUUUGUUGCACAUCAUCUCGUAGUUUGCACAGUUCCAUAUGAUCGCCUGGGAAGUCGUGCAUAUCGAUGUAAUAUGAAUUCGACUAUAAUUGAUAAUAAAUUUCAUAAUCCAUUUAAACUAUCAAAAUUAUAA